ACCAGUCUAGCCAGUCGUGUUGUAGUCGGCGCGUGGUGAGUGUCUAGUCCGUGUUGGGUGGAGAUUUUUCGAAAUACCGCCUUUUCUUUUUCUUUUUUUAAAAUGUUGAAAAGAACAUUUCCUUGAUUUUUAGCGUAAAAGUACUCGUAAACCUGUUCAGCUUUGUUCGAUCGAACCGGUAUUCACGAUUUCAUUCGAAUGGGUGGAUCAACAAUUUUUUGUGAACUCUCGAUAUUUUAUUGCUUUUUUUUCUGCUAAUCGAUUUUGGAUAUAUCGAUUGGAUUGCAUCAUGACAAGUUUGAAUUUAUCGAAGGCAGCGUGAUGCCUGGGGAGGCCAGUCGGGGAUAUCUGUUGGCCGUGUUGCUGCUGCUACUGGUCGGUUCCCGCAAGGCUGGCUGCUCGACAUCCGCUCCCCGAUAUCCCGUGUGUAAACCGGGUUUCGAAUUUUGGUCGGUCGAGCGUGACACCUGUUGGCCUUGCACCAGAUGCGCUCCUGAAUUUACUUUGAGCCCCUGCACCAUUUACAAGGAUGCUAUUUGCGGACCACUGUCAGCACUCGAGCUCGAUUGGUCUUUCCUCUCGACGAAGAAACGACCGGAAACCGGUCAAAGAAGCCUCGAGGCUGUCACCUCAAAGAUGUUUUGGAGGUUCUCCGAUCUGGAUCAAGAACAGAUCAGAGAGGAAUCGAACGAUUUCGUUGGACGCGUAGAAAACUUGGAACGUAACAUUAAGAAGCAGACGGUAAACGAGCCUCGUCGGAGGGAAACGUCUUCGGAGGAGAGAAUCCUGUGGGAUUGGCAAACUGGAGCCCUGAUCCUUGCCAUCUGUGCCUGUAUUCUUUUCUUCUUGGUCGCAGGAUGCUCAGCUCUAGUCUACGCGAGACAGUGGCGGCGAAUGAAGAAGAACUUCGAGCCAGUGGGUUUAGAAGAGAUCUCGGCUCGAUUAAAUUUAAUGGUCAAGGCAGAACUAGCCGAACUGGUUGCUGGCGCGCCCAUGAACCCGGGUGAUCCCGAAACAAGGUGCCAAUAUCUUGAGAAACUCUUGGAUCGGAAAAGGGAAACUUCUGUGAUGGUCGAUUGGCCGGAAGUAACCGGAAAUCUCUACAUAGAAGAGAGAGAGCCUCCUAAAGGGAAGAGAAUGCAUAUCGCUCGAAUUCAUCGAAACAUCGAAACGAUUUUAAAUCAGAAAAAGAAUUCUACCGACCAGUAGAAUCUCUGAAAGAAAAACAAGAUUGCUAAAUUAGU